ACAAUCAACUUCUAAAUAAAAUCUUCUCUUCAACAAUCAGUCAUUUCCUUUCUCGUAGCUUACACAGACACACACAGUAAUCUGAAGAAAUCAAAGAGAAGAAGAAGAUUGAAGAUUCCAAGUUCCGUCAACGACAACGCAAAUCAAGAGACGCGACGACGCAAGUUUCCCUAAUCGAAGAGUGCACAACGAAAGACUUCUGGUCAUCUCAGCGUUCUGUCCUAUUGUUGAACCUCUACCAGAUACUUGCUGUGCCGUGCGAAGAAUCUAGCGAAAAUGGGACGACUAAAGCUGCAAGCUGGUAUCAAUUCAAUAGACGAGGAAGAACCUGAGGAAUGUGAUGCUUCCUAUCCUAAUAAAACAACUUUGGCGUGCAUGAUCAAUUCUGAAAUCGGUGCUGUUUUGGCAGUCAUGAGAAGAAAUGUAAGAUGGGGAGGUCGUUAUAUGUCAGGGGAUGAUCAGCUGGAGCACUCCCUCAUUCAGUCUUUUAAGGCAUUAAGGAGACAAAUCUUUUCGUGGCACCACCAUCAGUGGCAAGCUAUCAACCCUGCCUUGUAUCUGCAGCCAUUUUUAGAUGUGAUUCGGUCUGAUGAAACCGGUGCAGCAAUUACUGGUGUUGCUUUGUCGUCUGUUUACAAGAUCUUAACUCUUGAUGUGAGCGAUCAAAAUACUGCCAAUGUUGACGAUGCCAUGCACUUGGUGGUUGAUGCUGUCACUAGCUGUAGAUUUGAGGUCACGGAUCCAUCUUCGGAAGAAGUUGUUUUAGUGAAGAUACUACAAGUUCUCCUAGCAUGUAUGAAAAGUAAAGCAUCUGUAAUGCUGAGUAACCAACAUGUUUGCACCAUAGUGAAUACUUGUUUCCGUAUAGUUCAUCAAGCAGGAACCAAAGGCGAGGUUUUGCAGCAGAUAGCACGGUACACAAUGCAUGAACUUGUAAGGUGUAUUUUUUCUCACCUUCAAGAUGUUGGCAACACCGACCAUGCAUUGGUUAAUGGAAGAGCUAAUUUGAAACAGGAGACUGGAACUGGAGGCCUAAAUAAUGAGUAUGCUUUUGGAAGUAGACAAUUGGAGAAUGGUAGCUUGAGUUCUGAAUAUGAUAAUCAGUCAUUACCCACAAACCUUGCUCCCAAUGCUGCAACUGGUGUGACAGCUACUGUGAUGGAUGAAAACACAGCAAUAGCUAUUAGUGGCAAGGAUGGUGUACACUUUGACAUGCAUCUGAUGACUGAACCAUAUGGUGUUCCUUGCAUGGUGGAAAUAUUCCACUUUUUGUGUUCUUUGCUGAAUGUCGUUGAGCAUAUGGAAAUGGGACCUAGAUCAAACACUGUAGCAUUUGAUGAAGAUGUACCCCUCUUUGCUUUAACUUUGAUUAAUUCUGCUAUAGAACUUGGAGGGCCUUCUAUUCGGCGUCACCCAAGGUUGCUGAGCUUAAUUCAAGAUGAACUGUUUCAUAAUCUGAUGCAAUUUGGUUUGUCAAUGAGUCCCCUUAUACUUUCAAUUGUGUGUAGCAUUGUUCUCAAUCUUUAUCACAAUCUUCGUCCAGAACUCAAAUUACAGAUAGAAGCAUUUUUUUCUUGUGUCAUCUUGAGACUUGCACAAGGCAGAUAUGGGGCUUCUUACCAGCAGCAAGAGGUAGCCAUGGAGGCCCUCGUCGACUUCUGCAGGCAAAAAACGUUUAUGGUAGAUAUGUAUGCUAACUUUGACUGUGACAUAACUUGCAGUAAUGUCUUUGAAGACCUUGCUAAUUUGUUGUCCAGAAGUGCAUUUCCUGUGAACUGUCCAUUGUCUUCCAUGCAUAUUCUUGCUUUGGAUGGUCUUAUUGCUGUCAUACAGGGAAUGGCUGAAAGAAUAGCCAAUGGAUCUGUAAGCUCAGAAUAUUCUCCAGUGAAUCUUGAAGAGUAUACCCCAUUCUGGAUGGUGAAAUGUGAGAAUUAUAAUGAUCCAAAUCAUUGGGUUCCUUUUUCCCGCCGAAGAAAGUACAUAAAGAGAAGAUUAAUGAUUGGUGCUGACCACUUUAAUCGUGAUCCUAAGAAAGGUCUUGAGUUUCUCCAGGGAACACAUCUUUUGCCUGACAAACUUGAUCCCCAAAGUGUUGCUUGCUUUUUCAGAUACACUGCUGGGUUGGAUAAGAAUCUUGUUGGUGAUUUCCUAGGAAACCAUGAUGAAUUCUGUGUUCAGGUUCUUCAUGAAUUUGCUGGAACAUUUGAUUUCCAAGACAUGAACUUAGAUACAGCACUGCGUUUAUUUUUGGAGACUUUCAGACUGCCUGGAGAAUCACAAAAGAUUCAUAGGGUGCUUGAAGCCUUCUCUGAGAGAUAUUAUGAACAGUCACCACAUAUCCUAGCUAACAAGGAUGCUGCUCUUGUGUUAUCUUAUUCAAUGAUAAUGCUUAAUACAGAUCAGCACAAUGUGCAGGUUAAAAAGAAGAUGACAGAAGAGGAUUUUAUCCGAAAUAAUAGGCAUAUAAAUGGUGGCAAUGAUCUUCCUCGAGAUUUCCUAUCAGAGAUUUACCAUUCAAUUUGUAAGAAUGAAAUCCGUACAACCCCUGAACAAGGUGUUGGAUUUCCCGAAAUGACUCCAAGUCGAUGGAUCGAUCUAAUGCAUAAGUCAAGAAAAACUGCUCCAUUUAUUGUAUCUGAUUCCAAGGCCUACCUUGAUCAUGAUAUGUUUGCCAUAAUGUCAGGUCCAACUAUUGCUGCCAUCUCUGUGGUGUUUGAUCAUGCUGAACAUGAAGAGGUUUGCCAAACAUGUGUGGAUGGAUUCCUAGCUGUUGCUAAGAUUUCUGCUUGCCAUCAUCUUGAAGAUGUUCUUGAUGAUCUGGUAGUGUCUCUUUGUAAGUUCACUACGCUCUUAAACCCGUCAUUAGUUGAGGAACCAGUUCUUGCCUUUGGAGAUGACAUGAAAGCAAGAAUGGCAACUGUAACUGUAUUCACAAUUGCAAAUAGGUAUGGUGAUUACAUACGCACAGGUUGGAGGAAUAUUCUUGAUUGCAUCUUAAGACUGCACAAGCUUGGUCUUCUUCCUGCCCGUGUUGCCAGUGAUGCAGCUGAUGAGUCAGAACUUUCUGCUGAAACUGUGCAUGGAAAGCCUAUUGUGAAUUCCUUAUCCUCUGCUCAUUUGCAGUCUAUUGGCACUCCUAGGAGAUCUUCAGGAUUGAUGGGUAGGUUUAGUCAACUCUUAUCUCUUGACACUGAAGAGCCAAGAUCACAACCUACUGAACAACAUGCUGCUCAUCAGCGCACCCUUAACACGAUAGAGAAGUGUCACAUUGACAGCAUAUUCACAGAGAGUAAAUUUCUGCAAGCUGAAUCUCUAUUGCAGCUUGCCAGAGCGCUCAUUUGGGCAGCAGGUCGACCUCAGAAAGGGAACAGCACACCUGAGGAUGAAGAUACAGCAGUAUUCUGCCUGGAGUUACUGAUUGCGAUCACUUUGAAUAACAGGGAUAGAAUUGGCAUUCUCUGGCAGGGUGUUUACGAGCACAUAUCUAAUAUUGUUCAGUCAACUGUAAUGCCCUGUGCCUUGGUAGAGAAGGCUGUUUUUGGACUUCUGCGGAUUUGUCAGCGGUUGCUCCCCUACAAGGAGAACAUUGCAGAUGAACUUUUGAGAUCAUUGCAACUUGUCUUGAAGCUUGAUGCCCGAGUUGCUGAUGCAUACUGUGAGCAGAUUACUCAGGAAGUCAGUCGCCUUGUGAAGGAAAAUGCUUCUCAUAUAAGAUCUCAGUUAGGAUGGCGCACAAUCACCUCCCUACUUUCAAACAUAGCUAGGCACAUAGAAGCAUCUGAGGCAGGGUUUGAUGCACUGUUGUUCAUAAUGUCCGAUGGUGCCAACUUAGUUCCAGCUAAUUAUGUUCUCUGUAUAGAUACUGCGAGGCAGUUUGCUGAGUCUCGUGUUGGGCAAGCUGAGCGAUCUGUACGAGCACUGGAUCUCAUGGCAGGAUCUGUCAGUUGCUUGGCCCGGUGGACUACCGAGGCUAAGGAAGCAAUGGUAGAGGAGCAAAUAUCUAAGUUGUCACAGGAUAUUGGAGAGAUGUGGUUGAGACUAGUACAGGGUCUAAGGAAGGUGUGUUUAGACCAGAGAGAAGAGGUCAGAAAUCAUGCUUUAUUAUCUCUGCAGAGGUGCUUGACAGGAGCUGAUGGCAUUUAUCUCCCAUAUGGUUUGUGGUUACAAUGUUUCGAUCUUGUGAUCUUUACUGUGCUUGAUGACCUGCUAGAGAUUGCACAGGGACACUCUCAGAAGGAUUACCGCAACAUGGAAGGAACCCUUAUCUUAGCAAUGAAGCUCUUGUCCAAAGUAUUUCUCCAGUUACUCCCAGAUUUAUCACAAUUGACAACCUUCUGCAAGCUAUGGUUAGGCGUACUGAGCCGAAUGGAAAAAUACACGAAGGUGAAGGUUAGGGGAAAAAGAAGUGAGAAGCUUCAAGAGACAGUUCCUGAGCUUCUUAAAAACUCCUUGAUUGUUAUGAAGAUGCGUGGUAUACUGGUGCAAAGGAGUGCCUUGGGUGGUGAUAGUCUGUGGGAAUUAACAUGGCUUCACGUGAAUAACAUUUCACCAUCACUGCAACUUGAGGUGUUCCCUGAGCAGGAUUCUGAACAUUUGCAGCAUAGACAAGGUGAAUCAGUAGGAGGUUUGGUGCCUGAUAAUUUGGGUUCUGUUCCUUCGAGUGAAACUGGCAAUCGUGUAGAUGAUGGUCAUUGUGGUUAAUUAGAGCUUCGAUAUUGUUGCCACUGAAUCAGUUUAGCUGUUCAUAGUUACAUUACACUGAUGAUCCCUGACGUUAACAUGUUGAUUAUGCCAAAUGUUGUGGAUCAAACUCUCAUGUUAAUUAUGUUUGCUAUAGAUUGAUGCAGAAGUGUUACUUGAGGCAGAGCAUGUUGACCUGCUUAAAAAUCAUUUUCACUGUUUAUUAGCAUUUGCAAUUUGCCUUUCCUCA